UAUACAAACAAUAAAUUUCCAUAUUGAAAUUGUCAGAAUUGAAUACAAAAUUUUCGUUUCAAAUUGUCUAUCUUUCAAUUUUAAGUUUUUCUAAUUUCUUUAUCUAACUUACUGGUGUUUUAAUUAAAGUCCAACGAUAAUUUCGGCUAAAGCAAAUUAGUUAAGGUGACUUUGACGUAGAAUCACAUGCAAUUGUCAAGCGUUUAGCAACUGGCGAAACGAACAAAUCGCGGCGAACACAUUUUGUAUAUUGAUUGCAUGAAUUUGGAUUGAUUAAAUGAAAAAUAGUGUAAUUGUGUGGAUAGUGUGGAUAGUGUAACGAAUAACCGACAGUGGAUUAACUAUAAAAGGAGUCUAGCCUAUCAUAGAAAAUAUAUGUACAAAUAAAAUUGAUGAGAAAAUCAACUCAUAAAUGUCACUAGUGAAAUUCCAUUACUAACACAAAUCGCAAUGAGUGCUUCGGGUUUUCUGGGAAAUUUUCUUUCCAAAGGCCUGAAAACCAAUCAAUUGGAGGUGAAUACCGAUGAAAAGACGCUACGACCGAUUGCACGUCUAAAAGAACCGCGUGAUCUCUUCGCCCUGCCGAAAGACAAGGAUCAUGACUGCUCACAGCAGGCCCCCAGAUGGCCGAUUGAGUGUCAGGUCAUCGAGGAGCGUAUUGUCCAUAUACCCUAUGUACCCGCACAGCCGGAACCUUAUAAUCAACCGUCGGGACACGAAUUGAAGCCGCGUCCGGUGGGUGAAGAGAAUGGUGUGAUCGUUUUUAAUUACAAUCCCGUUAGUGCUGUCAAUUAUAAGAAAAAGUCAAAAGCACAGAAUUCGUCAAGCGACUCGGAUAUAUCGUCUUCGGAGUCACGUGGCUCUUCGCCGGAUCGUAGCACACCCGAUCGUCGUAAGUUGAAGUUGAAAAACUCCUUCACGAAGAUGUUGGCCAGCAUGGAACGACGUUCCUCCAGCAAUUCCAAUGACGAAUACGAUGAAGAUGAUGACGACAAUGACGAUGCGGAUGAUGACAACGAUGAUGAGAUCGAAGUAAAGGCUCUGACAAAACCACUACCCAAUGUGAUCGAGGAGAAGGCCGAGGAUGACAUCGAUGAUAUUUGGUCGAGCAAAUCGCCUGAGUAUCAACCAGCCUCGCCUACUUAUAUUAAAAGUCAAUUCGGCAAAGACAUAACUGCCAUUAAGGCUAAAGCCAAAAUAGUAAAUUCAGCCGCGAUGACAUGUCCCGAAGAUGUGCCACUACCUAGCCUACCGACGCGUCCGAUCGCACCGGUAAAAUUAAUUGAUAGCAAAACUGUAGCGCUUACCAAGCCGCCGGCAACAGUAGAGUUAGGUUCACAAAUAGCCAAGACUAGUGAUAGUAGUAGCGGUGGUAGUAGUAGUAGUAGUAGCUUAAGCAGUGACAUUGAUAUUGAGGCAAAUUUUAAAGAAGCCGAGACAGAUGAUGAUGACGGUAGCAAGACAUUGCGUGAGACGGUAACCGCGACGAACAUGAACACCUCGCCGCAACAAGCCAAAGCCUUGGUGGUGGCUGUGGCGGUAAAACCGAAAGAGCAAAAUUCAAAAUCUAUAAACAAACAGUUGGCGGAAAUAUUGGCACACAAUCAGGUCUUCAAACCGAACUCCUCGAACACGUCCAGUAUGAACGAUAUGCAAUUGGAGCAUGUAGACUUAAAUGUGAAUUAUGAUUUGAGAAGCAAGAAUAUGCAUACAGAUAAUCAAUACAAUAACAUUAACAGUUAUGAUCAAAAUAGAGAUAAUGAAAUUGUCACUUCUGAUUCAUUGUAUGACAUUCAGUUUAGUCGCUCAGCUGUUGGUGGCUCCAAGAUACUGAUGAAUUGUCAUCCCUGCAGCGCGGAGGAAUAUGACGGUUUGGAGUUCGAGUCUCGUUUCGAAUCGGGCAAUCUGGCGAAAGCGGUGAUGAUUACACAAACCUACUAUGAGCUGCAUUUGCGUUCGGACUUAUACACGAGCCGUUCGAAACAAUGGUUCUAUUUUCGUGUGCGUCGUACGAGAAAGAAUGUUAUUUACAGGUUCUCCAUCGUCAACCUGGUGAAAUCGGAUAGCCUGUACAAUGACGGCAUGCGGCCGCUCAUGUAUUCGACCAUCAGCGCCAAGCAGACAAACGAAGGCUGGAGGCGUUGUGGCACAAAUAUCGCCUACUAUCGCAAUGAUGAUGACAGCACACCAUCGGAGGAGGAGGAUGAGAACAGCUCCUAUACGUUAACGUUUAAUAUUGAAUUUAAAAACGACAACGAUACGGUGUACUUCGCACACAGUUAUCCGUAUACGUACAGUGACUUGCAGGAUUAUCUGAUGAACAUACAAAAGGAUCCUGUCAAAUCGAAAUUUUGCAAAUUAAGACUUUUGUGUCGCUCGCUUGCGGGUAAUAAUGUGUAUUAUUUAACGGUGACAGCGCCGGUGCCGGAUGAGGAGGCGAUGAGGAAAAAGAAAGCAAUCGUAGUCUCUGCACGUGUGCACCCCAGCGAAACGCCCGCCUCAUGGAUGAUGAAGGGUCUGAUGGAUUUCAUAACCGGCGACACGUUGGCAGCCAAAAGACUGCGUCAUCGCUUCAUUUUCAAACUGAUACCAAUGCUCAAUCCAGAUGGUGUGAUUGUGGGCAAUACGCGCAACUCGUUGACGGGCAAGGAUCUAAAUCGACAAUAUCGCACCGUUAUACGGGAAACAUAUCCCUCCAUUUGGUAUACAAAAGCCAUGGUUAAAAGACUGAUUGAUGAAUACAAAGUUGUCUUGUACUGUGAUAUGCACGCCCAUUCGCGCAAGCACAAUAUUUUCGUUUAUGGCUGUGAGAAUAAGCGGAAUCCCGAAAAGAAGCUGACGGAACAAGUAUUUCCGUUAAUGUUGCACAAGAAUGUGGCCGAUAAGUUCUCCUUUGAAAGCUGUAAAUUUAAGGUGCAACGCAGUAAAGAGGGCACCGGCCGCAUUGUGGUUUGGAUGCUGGGCAUCACAAACAGUUACACAAUUGAGGCAUCGUUUGGCGGCUCAUCGUUGGGCUCACGCAAGGGUACACACUUUAAUACGGCGGAUUACGAGCACAUGGGAAAGGCAUUCUGUGAAACCCUACUCGAUUAUGGCGAUGAUACACCGAAUAAAGUAAAGCGCAUGACAAGACAUAUGAAACAAAUUAAAAGAAUCAGAAAACGUGAGAAACGCGAGAAGAAAGCAUUGAAAUUGAAGAAAAUGGCCGAACAGGAGCGUCUGCGUCUCAAGAUAAUUGAGCGUCUAUUGAAAGAAGGUUCGAAUGCUGAUGAGCCACUAAAUAUACAGUUAUCUGAUUAUUCGAGCGACGAGGGUGGCAUCUCCAGUUCAGAGAAUGAGUGUCGCGGUUCGAGUUUUUCCGAUUUGGAGGGACCUUGCUGCGCACUGAGCAGAGCACCUCCCUCUACACCCGAAGCAGAGGCACAACAUCGGCGGCACAAAUUGACACGUAUGCGUCGCGUAAUGCGUGAACUCGAUCGCAUUUACUUUCAACCGUUAUUCCAAAAGAAAUUCCGUUGCUUUAUGAAAUAUAAACGCGGCAAACCGCGACGUUCCGACAAGAAGAACUCGAAGCGCAAGAGUACGAAUAGUUUAGAAAUUCCCACAAAUUCACAAUUACGGCGCAUACAAGGUGGCGCCGAGACUGGCGAUGGUGUGAAUAGAAAAGCGAGUAUGUAUGAGGAGAUAUUCCAAGACGCGCACGAUGGCAAUUCGCAGGAAAAUGUUUCGGUAACCUCACCGGGAUGUGACUCCCUGACAAAUGAGACCGAAGAACGUGCAUUUCUGUCCGCCGAAGGUGAGGAUUCGAAACAAGAUUGCCGGAAAGUGGCGCAAAAGCCGCAAACUUCCAAGAAAAAAAUCAAGGAAACAGUGGUGCAACGUGUGACGGUUUCACGAAAGCUACGCACUUGGCUGGCGGAAAGAAAAAUAUUCAUUCUGCGCAAAAAGCAAAAGCAGCGCAAGCCGCGUCCGCGUCGCUCGCAUAGCAAUCGCAAACGCAGCGAAACACGCAUCGCCUUGGAUUUGCCAACAACAGAUCCCAGCGCCGAUUUGACAUUCUCCACCGAUGAUGAGGCGAAUCCACGUGAGGAAGAGGCUAAUUUGCCGCAAUAUUGUGUAGCACCAAAAGAGCGAGCACGCCGUCUAUUACAAAGUGAAUUGCAACGACGCUACAUUGAGGAGAUUGGCGAUAAUGGAACAGAGCGAGGUAGAGCGAAAAUGCCACCCGAAUUGAUUAUAACAUCACCAUCGAAAGGUACAAAAAUCACUAUAAGACCCAAUAUGGCGCCUACGCAGAGGCUACCCGAUGCGAUCGGUACUCUCGAAUUUCCGGUGGCAUUUAAGCCGGCACGACGCACCAACUCAUGGCAUAACCUCAAUAAUGGUGCGCUCAAACCGGUGUGUAUGGGCCGACAAAAUUCUAGGAUGACUAACCCCUACAAUGCGAACGAAAACAAUAUAGAAGAAUUAGAUUUGAAACUAUCAUUAAAGAAGAAGUACUGGACUGGAGUGAAACCUGAGAAAACCAAAGAUCUUCAUGAAUAUCAGCGUCCACUUUCAUGGAAUCAACCUAUAAUAAGACGUCCACACCAACUGAAGAAGACAUCACGCGAGAAACUAGACAAUCAAACUUUCCAAAAAGCCGACAACGAGGCCUUUCUCAACGCCUGUUCACAAAAACUCAUGCACUGGCAACAGGAGUUAAACAACGUAGCCAAAUCUUGCGUGGAAAAUGGCGGCGAUGCGCCAACGGUGAUAACACGAAAAAUUGACAUACAACUGGACGCCAUAGCGUUGGGUAUGCCAGAAAUUAUUGAAGACGAACGCACUUUGCGUAUAUUUAGAAAAGUCUCACAAGCGAAAAAGGAACUGAAAGCGCCUACGAAGGAGGAGGUAGUAAAUGUGGAACACAAGCUACGACGCCGCAGCAAUGCACUCUCGAAAUUAACCGACACAACACAGCUCAUUACCCGCCUAACCAAAAGUAAAUCGAAGACACGCAGUAACCAUAGCCAAUCCACUGCCAAUCGCAUUUGUAACAGCAGUCUACACCAACAAGGUGGCCCAUUGUCACAAGCAAACAAAGCCGGUGUGCAGGGCAUAAAUCGUUUCAAAACUGGCGGUAUUGUAGUGACGGCGGUGCAACAGUCCUCCACUAAAAAAGUUAAGAAACAUCAUCGCAGCAACAAAUCACAGCACUCGCUUGUAGUCAGCGGCGCUGGUGCUGCGUCCAAAAAGGAGCAGAGCAAUAGUACUGGUGGUGGUGUUACAAUGCCAAGUAAGACUAGCCUAUCAAUGAAAUCAUCAUUGAGUUCCAACACAUUCGCACGAAAAGUAAAGACGAAACUAGCUAAAAAGAAAUCGCAUCAUUCCCGUGAUGAACCGUCCAUUAUAGCGCCUAGUACACGCAGUUUGGUUAAUGCUAGUGGCAUCUUAAUGGGCAACAGUAGUAUUUAUGGUGUGCCUUUGUCACGAAAGACGUAAUAAUUGUUUAAAAUAUUGAUAAAUAAAUUUUAUGAUAGCAAUGUUAAGAGAUUUUAUAUGUAAUUACGAAUCAACAACAACAAAUAUAAUUGAAGAUAAUAUGUA